GUUAGCUUCGGCUAGCUUCACGCUUUUCGCUGUAGCCGGUUGUUGCGGCGAUGGCUCUCCCAUGAGGUGGGGAGAGCGGGACUGCUUUUCUCUGAUUAAACAUUGACUCAAGUGGCGCUGACAUGGCCGGGGUUUUCGACAUAGACUUAGAUCAACCGGAUGAGAACGUCUCCGACGACGAACUUGAGGAUGGGACCCAGCAUGGUGAAGACAUGGACCAGUGCAGCACCUUUGACUUCAACAUGGACGGGUGUGAAAAGUUUGAGAUCUCAGAGAACAGCGUAAACAAGGGAACGGAGCAGAUCGGACCGGAAUGCUUUGAGCUGCUGAAGGUUCUGGGAAAAGGUGGCUACGGGAAGGUCUUCCAGGUUCGCAAAGUGACAGGUGCUGCCUCAGGGAAAAUCUUCGCCAUGAAAGUUUUGAAGAAGGCCAUGAUUGUGCGUAACGCAAAGGACACAGCACACACCAAAGCAGAAAGGAACAUUUUGGAGGAGGUGAAGCAUCCCUUCAUCGUGGACCUCAUCUAUGCCUUCCAGACCGGAGGAAAGCUCUACCUGAUCCUGGAGUAUCUGAGCGGUGGAGAGCUCUUCAUGCAGCUGGAAAGAGAGGGGAUCUUCAUGGAGGACACGGCGUGUUUCUAUCUGGCGGAGAUCUCCAUGGCGUUGGGUCAUCUGCACCAGAAAGGGAUCAUCUACAGAGACCUGAAGCCUGAGAACAUUAUGCUCAACAACAAUGGACACGUGAAGCUGACAGACUUCGGUCUGUGCAAGGAGUCCAUCCACGACGGCACGUACACCCACACUUUCUGUGGAACCAUCGAGUACAUGGCUCCGGAGAUCCUCAUGAGGAGCGGGCACAAUCGCGCUGUGGACUGGUGGAGUCUCGGAGCGCUCAUGUACGACAUGCUGACCGGAGCACCUCCGUUCACGGGUGAAAACAGGAAGAAGACGAUUGACAAAAUCCUGAAAUGCAAGCUCAGCCUUCCACCUUACCUCACGCAAGACGCCAGGGACCUCCUGAAAAAGCUGCUGAGACGAAGUGCCUCAACACGACUCGGCGGUGGAGUCGGUGACUCCGCUGAGGUCCAGGCUCACUCGUUCUUCCGGUUCAUAAACUGGGACGAUCUCCUCGCUCGCAAAGUAGAACCUCCCUUCAAACCGUUUCUGCAAUCAGCUGACGAUGUCAGCCAGUUUGACUCCAAGUUCACCAGCCAGACUCCAGUGGACAGCCCCGACGACGCCACGCUCAGCGAAAGCGCUAAUCAAGUCUUCCUGGGUUUCACGUACGUAGCGCCGUCUGUGCUCGAGAACCUCAAGGAGAAAUUCUCCUUCGAGCCAAAGGUCCGCUCCCCGCGGAAGUUCCCUGGAAGCCCAAGGACACCUGUGAGUCCGGUGAAGUUCGCCGGAGGGGACUGCUGGCCCCGCGGGCCCCCGCUGACCGACGCGCCGGCCCUGCUCUCCCUCAGCAGCUCUGUGGACCAACCCAUGGAGGUCUCCACGCCGGAGCAAAUGGACACGAGCAGCGGCUUCACCACAGAGACCUCCGCUCCCCUUCCCAUCAGGCAUCCCUCCGGCCUCCAUGCGGGCUCCUACAAAAAGCAGGCGUACCCUUUGAACUCCCGGCGGCCAGAGCACCUGCGAAUGAACCUAUGACACUCGGCUCACCUGUGAACCCCUCCUCCUUUUUUGCGUUUUUUUUUUUAAAUUUUAGAUAGUUUCUGAAACUUUUUGACUGACCACGCUGGCGCGGAUCACCAGCUCUUCCAGCAGCGCCUCCUCCACUGGCGGUGGUCUUGGUUGAACUCGGCCGCCAUUAUAUGAUUUUACUGGUGCUCUUUUAACUGCGGAUCUGCGCUGUUUUUUUUCCUACGGUGUUCUUUUUCUAGGACAGUGAGAGUUAAUUUCUCCUUUAUGUCACCGUUUUCAGGCGGUUUAAAAACAUGCUUUUGGGAUCACGUAUUUAGUCGUUAAACCUAUCAGACGGACCAAUCAUCAAAUCCCUGUUGUUUUUGGGUCAGAGUGGGUAGGUGCUUUACGGUUAAAAAAAAAAAAAAAAAAGUUUGAAAAAGCAUUAAUAUAAAGAUGAUUUCCAUUCCCAGUCAUGACCAAACGCUGCCGCUGCUUCUUGCCGUGUAACUGGAAUGUUUUCCGCCGGGCUUCUCUGCAGAAGCGGCUUUGUUUUGAAUGUAAACGAUCCAGAAAUUUGUCUCCUUCAUCUCCUUUACUUCCUCCAUGUAAUGACUCCUGAGACUGUAAACCAGUGCGGUGUCAUCGUUUGGUGCAGAAACAGGUCGUCAGAGUUAAAGGGAGAAUUUUUUUUUCAUUUUUUAAAAAAAUUAUUAUUAUUUUUGGAAGCUGUGUUGUACGAACUGUGGAGCUAAGCCAUUUGACCCCCUUUCUUAAAUCAAACUGACCGCAUGGUGGGUGGCAGAUUCCUCGUCUCUCACAGUCCAAACACUUGGGAAUUUCCUAAACGGGCCAAACGCACUGUUCCAAUUAGCCUGCUGUUGUUGUUUCUGGGAACUUUUGGAAAACAACUGAAGAAUCACCGAGUUAUCAACAUUGAAUGUUUUGUCCAUAUUUUAUAUGUAUAUUUUUUUACCAUACUGACACUGUUGUACUUUUUUUUUAUUAUUAUGAUUUGCAUUAUUGAUAUUUUUGUAAGCAGUGAUCAAGGCUGAAACAAUAAUUAGUGUUUGACUGAACUGACUUUUUUUUUUCUUUAUAUUUCUGUACUCCAAGAUUCCUUUACUCCAAUCAGUCACUUAGUUUAUUUUUAUUUAUUUCUAGUGCCAUUUUGUUUCCACUGUAUUAUGCACUCUAUGCAAAAUGAUGUAUUUAUAGUGUCGUAUUAAGAGCUACAGAAUGUUGGUCUUUUUCUCACAGUAAUGAUGUACAGUGUGAUUUUUCUUUCCACUUAACUCAUCUUUAAACCUCUGAUGGAGCAAGUUUUUAUUUAAUAUUGGCAGUAUUUAUUUUGUGAAGCAUUACAUCCAUAGGGGAUAUUUAAAGAAAAAUAGAUUUUUGUUUUUAAGACUGUUUUAUUGCAGAUAUAAACCAAUGGGAGUGGCAUUGUGCCUUUAAGUUGCAGUGUACAUGAUUGAUGUACAGUUAGCUGUAAAUGGGAUUAGCUUCUGGAUGAGGCUGGGAUUGAUCCCCAACUUUCACUCUUUUAACAGAUGUGCACUUCUUCGCUUUUCAACACUGACGUGGGACGUUCUGACUGGAACGGCUAAAGCAUCUUCCACUUUGUUUCUGGUUUCGUUGUUCCCUCCCCAGCUUGAAAGGGGCAAAUCUAGGAAUGGCGACAUGUAUCAUGUACAUAACGGAAUCAUAAUAAAAACAACGGUUUGUAAA